UCCGUGGCUGCUCGCUCGACGUCGGUUGGUUCCCGCUGCUCGCUGCAUCUUCCUCCCUCAAAGACGGCGAGCAGCGAUUGCUUAGGUCUAUUUCGAAUACAGAAACAAUUUGGACCUUUUUUAAUUCAACAUUUAAGUGAUGCAUCAUGGCGUCUUGUUUUGGGAAAAUUGUCGUGGGAACUUAUGUGGAGAUAAAGCGCAGUGAUGGGCGAAUACACCAGGCCAUGGUGACCUCCCUGAACGAGGACAACGAGAGCGUCACCGUGGAGUGGAUAGAAAAUGGCGACACAAAAGGGAAAGAGAUUGACUUGGAGAGUAUAUUUGCACUAAAUGCAGAUUUGGCUCCGGAGGAGGAGAUGGCACCGAGCCCAGAUACGCCACCUCCUCCCACACCUUCGUCCGUCAAAAUCAACAAAAUCGCAAAGAAUCGGCGGACGAUCGCGCCUUCCAAGAUUGAAGCUCCAUCCAGGGAUAACCGAGUGGUGACGACCAGGGCCCGGGCAGCACAGCCUCCGCAGCCAGAGCCAGCCCCGGCCCCACCCCCCCCAGCCCAGCAGCCUGCCCAGCCAACCCCAGCUCAGACCGCCCAGCAGCUGCAGAAUGAGUCCUCACCUCGCCCUCUAACCAGAAAGGAGUUUGGACAGCUUUCGAGGCGGAAAUCGAACUGCGUGAAGGAGGUGGAGAAGCUGCAGGAGAAGAGGGAGCGACGGCGGAUCCAGCAGCAGGAGCUCAGGGAGAAGAGGGCACAGGAGGUGGAUACUACCAUCCCCAACUAUGAGAUCAUGUACAUGAUUAGAGAUUUCAGAGCCAGCUUGGAUUACCGGCCUCUGACCACCGCAGAUCUGAUUGAAGAGCACAGAAUAUGUGUUUGUGUGAGGAAACGUCCGCUCAACAAGAAGGAGUUGACCAUGAAGGACCUGGACGUGAUCACCAUUCCCAGUAAAGACGUCGUGAUGGUGCACGAACCCAAGCAGAAGGUGGACCUCACACGCUUCCUGGAGAACCAAACGUUCCGCUUCGACUACACCUUCGAUGACAGCACCACCAACGAGAUGGUCUACAGGUUCACCGCCCGGCCGCUGGUGGAGACCAUCUUUGAGAGGGGCAUGGCCACUUGCUUUGCCUAUGGACAGACGGGAAGUGGAAAAACACAUACUAUGGGAGGCGAUUUCUCUGGAAAGAACCAGGAUUGUGCAAAGGGAGUUUAUGCAUUAGCUGCACGGGACGUGUUUGUCAUGUUGAAGAAACCCAACCACAAAAAGCUAGAUCUACAAGUGUACGCAACCUUCUUUGAAAUCUACAGCGGCAAGGUAUUCGACCUGCUGAACCAUAAGACUAAGCUGAGGGUCCUGGAGGACGGGAAACAGCAGGUCCAAGUGGUCGGCCUUCAGGAGAAGGACGUCAAAUGCACAGAAGACGUCCUCAAACUGAUAGAGAUCGGCAACAGCUGCAGAACGUCGGGGCAGACGUCGGCCAACGCCCACUCGUCGCGUAGCCACGCCGUCUUCCAGAUCAUCCUGCGACGGAAGGGCAAGAUGCACGGCAAGUUCUCCCUCAUCGACCUGGCGGGGAACGAGCGCGGCGCCGACACGUCCAGCGCCGACCGGCAGACCCGCCUGGAGGGCGCCGAGAUCAACAAGAGCCUGCUGGCGCUCAAGGAGUGCAUCAGGGCGCUGGGCCUCAACAAGCCCCACACCCCGUUCAGAGCCAGUAAACUCACACAGGUCCUCAGAGACUCCUUCAUCGGGGAGAACUCGCGCACAUGCAUGAUUGCAACCAUCUCUCCCGGCAUGACUUCCUGUGAGAAUACGCUAAACACACUACGCUACGCCAACAGAGUCAAGGAGUUCGGGAUUAGCCCCUCAGACAUCCCCUUCUCCCAGCAGGGCGGCCAGGGCAGUCGCCCUGACCACUCGCCCACCAAUACCUUUGACUAUGAUGACUUUGUCGCCACCUCCCCUAGCAGGGUGAAGGAGCUCACUGUGGACGCUAACCAGGUGAUGGAGGGGGUCCGACCCAACAUCCAUGUGGUCAACCAGAUGGAGCUGCUGGACGAGGACUGGCUGAGCAGCUCGCCCCAGAGGGAUGACCUCAAACUGCUCUGUGAGCAGAACGGGGAGGAGAUGUCCCCUCAGCUGUACACCUUCCACGAGGCCGUGUCUCAGAUGGGGGAGAUGGAGGAGCAGGUCCUGGAAGACCACCGGGCUGUUUUCCAGGAGUCCAUCCGGUGGCUGGAGGAUGAGAAGGUGCUGCUGGAGAUGACAGAGGAGGUGGACUAUGACGUGGACACCUAUGCCACCCAACUGGAGCAGAUCCUAGACCAGAAGAUAGACAUUCUCACCGAACUCCGAGACAAAGUGAAGUCAUUCCGCUCAGCACUCCAGGACGAAGAGCAAGCCAGUAAGCAGAUAAAUCCCAAAAGGCCACGUGCUGUGUAGACAUGGUGGCUGAAGAGAUCUACGGGCUGCACAGACAUGUAACCACUAGAUGUUUGGCACAGCCGCCUUCCAAUGCCUCAGGACAUGGGACUUGUCUGGUGUAAUGAUGGAACUUUUCUUUUUUUAAUUAUUUUACAGUUGAUUUUUUUAUCUUGCAUGGCGGUUUGGUUUAGACUAUACCACGUCCUGUUUUCCUUCAUACAUAUUUGUACCUCCUUUUUGAAACCUGUUUCAAGAGUUAAGUUAGGUCUCCUUUUAAGUUUACAGCACAUUUUCGAAGGGUUUUCCUUUUUAACUCCGACUGCCAUGUGUUGACAUGUGCACUCUUGGUGAAACUACUCAACGCUUCCAUCCAACACCAACCGAUUGGCACUGUAGAGUAAAGCCACCUAGGGCAUGGACUAGAAGCUCUCCUUAUCCCCCCCCCCCCCCCCCCCCACAGUUAUAAACCCGUUUGGAAGUAGACUUGAAUCAAGUUUUGCUGAUCCUUCGUAACUUCCUUCCAUGCACCUCUUAUUGUCUUAAACGUCGACAGUAGACUUCCUACCUGUAGUUGCUUCUGCUUUGUGUGCCAUGACGUGUUUGUGGCCGCCCUCUCAUUGAGAUGCUACUGUACAAAGGUUUCCAUCCCCCUCAUUUAACACUUUGUUAUAAUAGUGAUAGAAGAAAAACAGCUACAAUGUAUAGUGAUUACCACUGAUCUACUGUGGAAGAUGUUGCUCUGGAUGAAGAAAUAAAAAGUGACCCAUUUCA